AUGCAGCCACUCGCCAAUCAACCACUCCUCCCAUACCCGACAUCACGAUUUGACUUGAACACGAGGUCGUUUCCGAGUCUUCCGGAAAUCCACUUGACUGUUCCGCCUCCACAACAAGAACCACCACAACUAGCCGCUCUUCGUCAAUACCUUUUAAGGGAUGGAUCGCCCUUAGAGAAGGAACAGCAGAAGAGAUGGUUGGAAUCGAUCCGCUCCUAUGGUUUCCUUCAUGGAGGGACACUUCUGCCAUCAGCCUUCCGGCCUGUCCACCCAAGAUGGCUCCCCCCGUUUUUAAAUAAUGAAUCGGAAGAGAUUCCAUUGACUAUAGAUUCCAUUGACUACCCACCAGUAACCACCACACCGCCACCACUUCCCGUGUCAGUCGAGGCUGCGGAUAUCCCGGAAACAUUGGUGAAGGUGAUUCAAGAAGAAGGACACACAAUGAGCCUCACUUCUGGUGGAGAUUCAAUUGGAGAUCAUGUUUUGGAUAGGGAACUGUCAGUUCCGGAAUCUGGAUUCGACCUCAUAAAUUAUAUUGAUGGUUCUGGAUCUUCGAUGGGUUCAGCCAAUGAUGGAGGAUUUUCUGGAUCAUAUAUGACUCCGAGUAUGAUCAGUCCAAGAGGAACUCCACCAAGUUCGACUAGCAACGGUGUGAUUGGAAACUUCAGCAGCAACCCAGUUUCGAUUCCGGUUUCCCAUCCAACGCCCGGAACUAGCGGAACUCAGUCUCCAACCGUAGUUCCACCACCACGCCGACAACGCUCCCGAUUCACUGUCUUACCACUUCCGAAUGACGAGAGAUCGGAACGCUUUCAUAAAAGGGUGAUGCUGGAAGCUCACGGAGUCUCGCCAUUACCAAAUGGUACAGACCAGGAGCAGACUGUUCGUGACUAUCUCUUCAGUAAAAUGGGGAACCAGUAUGGAGCAGCUGCCGGCGUGAAGGAGAAGAAGCAACCCCAGAAGAAGCGAGGACCGAAGAGGAAGGUGGCGGAAGAGUUGGGUGCUCGAGAAUCGGUGGAUGAGAGUUCUGAGGUGCUCACCGAUUGCGCCCUCGAAUAUCUGUGUAUUGCUGGAGAAGUUGCUCCUGGAGGUGGAGUCGUCACCCUGAUAAAGUGCCAGGAGUGUCAAGAGGAAUACCAUGCCUGCUGCGUGCGGCCCAGCUCAAACUUCAACGGCCAGUUCGUUUGUUGUAGCUCAUAG